AUGGUGGAGAAAUUUGACAAUCUUCUGGUGGAGCUUAACAAGGCUCGUCAAACGGCGCAAAUCUUGUACGGCGAGGUCCAAAGCACAAAUGCAGGCAUUAAGGACGCAACACUCAAAGAAAUUGGUGCAAAAAUAGCAUCGAUUCCCCCUCAAAAAUAUCUUCGCCAAUAUGGUACCUUAAGGGGCCACAGAGAUAAAAUCUCCGGAAUCAAAUGGUGCCAGGAUUCGACUAAGCUCUUGUCAGCUUGUCAGGAUGGGUUUAUGAUAAUAUGGGACACAGUGACCGGGCUCAAACUCCAGGCGAUUCCGUUGCAAAAUUCAUGGGUGCUUCUGUGCUCCUACUCAUACUCAGGCAAUUUUGUUGCACUGGCCGGGUUGGACAAUAGGUGCACUGUGUAUCGGGUCAAUAAUUUCCAAAACGAGGGGGGUGCCUCAUAUGCUGAUAGCGUAGAGCUCAGCGAAAGAAGAGGCGGGCGCAAAACACCACGAGCUCAUACGGCUUACGUUUCUGCGUGUGAAUUUCUUAACGAUAAUGAAGUUUUAACUGGGUCAGGAGACAUGACCAUUGCACUCUGGGACUUUGCAAAAGAUAUCAAGGUCAGGGAUUUUUUGGACCACAUGGGCGACGUUUUACUGUUACUGGUAGCACGCAGCGGCAGUUUGACACCACAGACAUUUUUCUCCUCAGGUGCUGAUGGAUAUGUCAAAGUAUGGGAUACUCGCACACAGGGUCCGCAAUACUCGUACUGUAUCUCCAAGUCAGAUGUGGAAUGUGUAACACCGCUAUCGCAAGGGUACUCUUUUGUUGCUGGAUGCGAUUCGGGAAUUUGCAAGCUCUUUGACUUGCGGGCGGACUGCCAGUUAGAAGAGUACUCUUUGAAGGAGCAUUUCGAUCGGCCACGCAAAAGCUUUGAGUCGCCCUCAUCCGCCGAAAGCUUGUGGUCGCGGUUCGACUCGCCUGGCGUGGUAUCGUUAGAUGUGAGCCACUCUGGCCGUAUAAUGUACGCAUGCUACGCCGAUUACGGAUGUAUUGCAUGGGAUUUGAUCAAAUGCGAGAUAAUUGAGCUGAUUGGUAUUGGUGGUGGAAGCCACACAGGCAGAAUCUCGCAAGUAGCGGUCAGUCCUGAUGGACAAGGUUUGGCCACAGCAUCGUGGGAUUCUACGAUCAAGGUGUGGUCUACAUAG